ACCAACACAAUUACAGCUGAAGUAGCUAGGAUUCACACUACUAAGGCUAAUAUUACACCUGCUACAAAAACAACUGCCAGCAUAACCACUACUAAAGUAACUCCUCACAUUACCAGUCCUUCAUCCAAAGUACCUACAAAUCCCGCUACCCCUCCUAUUACUACCACUCCUACCACUUCCAAAGCAACAACUCCCAAACCUACAACUAAGACAAUCACCACUCCUACUACUACAACGGCUACCAAAUUUACAACUAAGACAACUACCUCUCCUACCACUACAACGACAACCAAACCUACAACUAAGACAAGAACUACUACAACGACUACCAAACCUACAACUAAGACAACUACCACUACAACGACAACCAAACCUACAACUAAGACAACUACCACUCCUACCACUACAACGACAACUAAACCUACAACUAAGAUAACUACCACUCCUACCACUACAACCAAAUCUACAACUAAGACAACUACCACUACAACGACUACCAAACCUACAACUAAGACAACUACCACUCCUACCACUACAACCAAACCUACAACUAAGACAACUACCACUACAACGACUACCAAACCUACAACUAAGACAACUACUACUACAACGACUACCAAACCUACAACUAAGACAACUACUACUACAACGACUACCAAACCUACAACUAAGACAACUACCACUCCUACCACUACAACGACAAUCAAACCUACAACUAAAACAACUACCACUACAACGACAACCAAACCUAUAACUAAGACAACUCGCACUACAACGACUACUAAACCUUCAACUAAGACAACUACUACUACAACGACUACCAAACCUACAACUAAGACAACUACCACUCCUACCACUACAACGACAAUCAAACCUACAACUAAAACAACUACCACUACAACGACAACCAAACCUAUAACUAAGACAACUAGCACUACAACGACUACCAAACCUACAACUAAGACAACUACUACUACAACGACUACCAAACCUACAACUAAGACAACUACCACUCCUACCACUACAACGACAACCAAACCUAUAACUAAGACAACUACCACUACAACGACUACCAAACCUACAACUAAGACAACUACCACUACAACGACUACCAAACCUACAACUAAGACAACUACCACUAGAACGACUACCAAACCUACAAGAAAGAAGAAAAGGUCAAAGAAACCUCGCCACCGGAAAUCUACCACCACUGCGGACAUUCCUUAUUAUUAG